UGCGGGAGGCGGCGAGCCCAGGGCACACUCGCUCGCCUGCUCGGCGCACGGAGGAUCCUGUCCCCGAACCGCGCCAGGCGAGCCAGCCGGGCGCCGUGCUCUGUCCGCUCGCCGCGCGGGAGAGAGCUGCCCGAGACAGAGCCAGCCCGCCGGCGCCGAGCUGCCGAGCGCCUGGCCCAGGAGUCCCUGGUGCGGCGCGGCGAGCCCCCGGCGGCGGCAGAAGGACUCGAGCGCCAGGAGAGGGCGGACGGGGGACAAGGAGGCUCCCGGGCGCGACGAGGAGAGUCUCGGAGGAGAAGGCGGCGUGAGGGACACCGGGGCCUCCAGCCGACGCAGCCUUGUCGGGGCGAGCAGCCCAUAAGGGGAGCCCCGGCUCCCAGGGGAGGGGACACCGGCGGCCCCCGCGCUAGCGAGCGGAGGGCGAGAGCGCGCGACCCGCCAGGGGCCCGCCGCGGCCGCCGCGCCGCCCUCCCCCGCGCUGUCAGCCCCGCGGGGCGCAGCCGCCGCCGCAGCAUCUUCUGCCCCUGCGCCCCCGCCAGCCCCGAGGAAGUCCCCGCCGAGGACUAGGGCCCCCGGGAGCUCAGGAGGAAAGACCAGAGACUCCUCCAAAUCACCCAGAUGCGAAGGAUUGAAACAGCCUAGCCAAAGCUUUCUGUGGAUUAAAAAAAUACACGGCUUUUUUUUUUUUUCCCCCGAAGAAAAGGAGAGGAAGACCAGUGGGGCUCUGCAAGGAAAAAGGGGAAUGUAACUCGUGGAUACCUUUUUUCCACCCCUCAGACGUCUUGUUCUACUUUGUAAACAUUUUCUUUUUUUAAACCCCAGCUCCAGCCAGACGCCCCCAGACCUCCGGGGUGCGAGGAGGUGGUGGUUUUCAUUUUGGGCUUUGCGUAUUUGGUUCUUAGAUUUUGAGAGAACCUCCUUAUUUCGCCAAACAUCUCCUGCGGGGUGAAGUCCACUCGGCCCCCUCCCCCGAGUCUUCGUGUGCACGGAAUUCAAGGAGAUCCGGUUACUAAGGAUAUAGAAGAAAAAAAUAAAUCGCGUGCCUGCCUUUUUUUUUUUUUUUUUAAUUGCCUCCUUCUCCCCACCCCCAAAUUAAGUUGCUUAGGAAGGGGAAAAGAGGCUUUUUCCUCCCUCCGGCAGCCCAGCCGAACGCCUUUCUUUUUUUGCCCCCGCGGAUCUUCCAUGUAGGAAGCCAAGGCUGGCGAGCCCGACACUCGGGAGCCGCUGCGGGGGGGCCUCUUUUUGGGGAGGCGCCGACCGGGGUAGGCUUCGCCGCCCCCAGGGAAGCGGCGGCCGCGUUCCUCCGGGGUGCGCCGGGGCCCGAGAGCAGCGCGCGGCUCGGGCCGCGCGGGGUGGGGCAGCCGGAGCGCAGGCCCCCGAGCCCCGGCGGGCGCCUCCGGGCCCCCGCGCGCCCCCCGGCCUCCGGGAGACUGGCGCAUGCCACGGAGCGCCCCUCGGGCCGCCGCCGCUCCUGCCCGGGCCCCUGCUGCUGCUGCUGUCGCCUGCGCCUGCUGCCCCAACUCGGCGCCCGACUUCUUCAUGGUGUGCGGAGGUCAUGUUCGCUCCUUAGCCGGCAAACGACUUUUCUCCUCGCCUCCUCGCCCCGCAUGUUCAGGACCAAACGAUCUGCGCUCGUCCGGCGUCUCUGGAGGAGCCGUGCGCCCGGCGGCGAGGACGAGGAGGAGGGCGCGUGGGGAGGCGGUGGAGGAGGCGAGCUGCGGGGAGAAGGGGCGACGGACGGCCGGGCACAUGGGGCCGGUGGCGGCGGCGCAGGCAGGGCUGGCUGCUGCCUGGGCAAGGCGGUGCGAGGUGCCAAAGGUCACCACCAUCCCCACCCCCCAGCCGCGGGCGCCGGCGUGGCCGGGGGCGCCGAGGCGGAUCUGAAGGCGCUCACGCACUCGGUGCUUAAGAAACUGAAGGAACGGCAGCUGGAGCUGCUGCUCCAGGCCGUGGAGUCCCGCGGCGGUACGCGCACGGCGUGCCUCUUGCUGCCCGGCCGCCUGGACUGCAGGCUGGGCCUGGGGGCGCCUGCCGGCUCACAGCCCGCGCAGCCGCCCUCGUCCUACUCGCUCCCCCUCCUGCUGUGCAAAGUGUUCAGGUGGCCGGAUCUCAGGCAUUCCUCGGAAGUCAAGAGGCUGUGUUGCUGUGAAUCUUACGGGAAGAUCAACCCCGAGCUGGUGUGCUGCAACCCCCAUCACCUUAGCCGACUCUGCGAACUAGAGUCUCCCCCUCCUCCUUACUCCAGAUACCCGAUGGAUUUUCUCAAACCAACUGCAGACUGUCCAGAUGCUGUGCCUUCCUCCGCUGAAACAGGGGGAACGAAUUAUCUGGCCCCUGGGGGGCUUUCAGAUUCCCAACUUCUUCUGGAGCCUGGGGAUCGGUCACACUGGUGCGUGGUGGCAUACUGGGAGGAGAAGACGAGAGUGGGGAGGCUCUACUGUGUCCAGGAGCCCUCCCUGGAUAUCUUUUAUGAUCUACCUCAGGGGAAUGGCUUUUGCCUUGGACAGCUCAAUUCGGACAACAAGAGUCAGCUGGUGCAGAAAGUGCGGAGCAAGAUCGGCUGUGGCAUCCAGCUCACGCGGGAAGUGGAUGGCGUGUGGGUGUACAACCGCAGCAGUUACCCCAUCUUCAUCAAGUCAGCCACACUGGACAACCCGGACUCCAGGACGCUGUUGGUACACAAAGUGUUCCCCGGUUUCUCCAUCAAGGCUUUUGACUAUGAGAAAGCGUACAGCCUGCAGCGGCCCAACGACCACGAGUUCAUGCAGCAGCCGUGGACUGGGUUCACCGUGCAGAUCAGCUUCGUGAAGGGCUGGGGCCAGUGCUACACCCGGCAGUUCAUCAGCAGCUGCCCAUGCUGGCUGGAGGUCAUCUUCAACAGCCGGUAGCCUCGUGGGGGAGAGGACAGAGCGGGAGCCGAGCGGGCCCAGUCCAAACUACUUUGCUGCUAAGAUUUUCCUCCUGAGUGCUUGCUUUUCAUGCAAACUCUUUGGUCAUUUUUUUUUUCCUUCCUCUCGUCGUUCUUGUUUAUGUUAUGUUUUGUUUUGUUCUUUGAGAAAUAGCUUAUGAAAAGAAUUGUUGGUUUUUUUUUUUUUUUUUUUUCCUCUUCGGGGCGGGUUGGGGCGGGGGCAGGGGUGGGCAGUGGUAAGGUUGGCAGAACACCCAGAUCUGAAAAGGGGAAGCAAAAAUCAGUGCCACCAAACACAGUGUAAAUGGGGAGCAGGCCCCAACCUUGGGGUCAUCGUAGCCCUUAGUAGGGCUUAUGUGUGAGUGAGUGUGUGCGCGUGUGUGAGUGUAGAUGGGGGAGGCGGUGUGCUCUGUGUUGUUAACUACGAAUGCUCCCAAGCUGUGUCUCUAGCCCCUUGCACCUGCGCAGUGGGGCAGCAGGUCUCCCAGCAGCUGCCAGCAGCAAGGUUGUGUCCCCAGCCUGUGGAAGCCCCCCUGCCCCUCGCCACCCCUUCCUAGGACAUUGGCCUGUCCGCAGGCUUCUUCGAAGCAGCUCUACAAGAAGCCGAACCAGAACCUAUUUCCCAUGCUGUCUCACUCGCCCCCGCCCCCUCCAGCCACCUCCCUGCCAUCGUCCUUUCUCUUUUGGCCACCUGCUCCUGGAUUGUCUCUGAGAUGGACUUCCUGAGGGCUGCCGGGGCAGCCCCAUUACAGUAUUGCUCACCCAGUGCCCUCUCAGGCCCCUCAGCCUCUCCCCGUCCCUGGUUACAUCAGGUUUUUCCUGGAUUCAGAAAACCAGCUCAGCAUUUUCCUUCCCUCCGCAGCCUGUGUGCUGAGCUCUGCUGUUAGACCAGUGAGGGGAGCAGCACCCCCCUGCCCCCCGCUCCCCCUUCCCACCAAGAAGGAUUCGGUCCAUUGUAACCCAAGGUACCAUCCUGAGCUGACACCCCUAACUCUUCUCAUUUCUUCUACAACUCAUACACUCGGAUGAUACGUUGACACUGCUCUUAGCUCAAUGAGCAUGUUUAGACUUUAACAUAAGCUAUUUUUCUAACUACAAAGGUUUAAAUGAACAAGAGAAGCAUUCUCAUUGGAAAUUUAGCAUUGUAGUGCUUUGAGAGAGAAAGGACUCCUGAAAAAAACCUGAGAUUUAUUAAAGAAAAAAUGUAUUUUAUGUUAUAUAUAAAUAUAUUAUUACUUGUAAAUAUGAAGACGUUUUAUAAGCAUCAUUAUUUAUGUAUUGUGCAAUGUGUAUAAACAAAAAUAAAGAAAAGAUGCACUUUGCUUUAAUAUAAAUGCAAAUAACAAAUGCCAAAUUAAAAAAAGAUAAACACAAGAUUGGUGUUUUUUUCUAUGGGUGUUAUCACCUGGCUGAAUGUUUUUCUAAAGGAGUUUAUGUUCCAUUAAACAAUUUUUAAAAUGUA